CCUCGAAAGACUGGCUGCGCUAGGGUUAGAUUAGAUUAGAUUAGAAUGACCCGCGAAUUCGACGACCCCCUCUGUUUACGCUCGUUGUACUGCGCGCUAGUCCGCUCACACCUGGAAUCAUCGGCAGUUAUAUGGGCUCCCUACCACCAGAACUGGAUCGAUCGUAUCGAAAGGAUCCAGAAAAAGUGCCUGUAGGAGAAUGCCAUGGACGGACCCAACUAGACUACCACGUUACGAGGCACGCUGUAACCUGAUUGGACUCGAGACCCUGGAAAAUCGUCGGACAAUAUCGAAAUCUAUCUUCGCUGCUAAAAUACUGACUGCGCAAAUCGACUCCCCAAAUCUGUUAAACUUACUUAAUACUCAAAUUUCUUCUAGGGACCUGCGAAAUCGUCCAAACUUCCUCGCACGACCGCGUGUCCGGACCGAGUUCCACAGCAACUCACCAGUUCGAUCGAUGUCGGCGGCGUUCAACGAAAUGUACUUCCUGUUUGAAUUUCACGAGCCCAUUCCAAGAUUUCGCGAAAAACUACGCAUCGAGUUCCAGGAGCGUACAAGAACUUUGCUUGGUGCGCCUCGCCAUGAUCCCGUCGUUGGCCGGUUACGCAUAGGACGACAAUGACUUGACUAAUUUUUAAAAUGUAUUGUAAUUUACCACGUAUGUUGUCAUGUUAUCAAUCUCGAUGUAAUUUAUUUUAAAAGAAGUGAGGUUUUGUGCCUUUGUGAGAAUGAUUCUAAUGAUUCAACUCACAUCGGCUUUUGCCCUCGCCAACCAAAACAUCCAUGUAGACCCUUGGUUCGAUGGAUUAAUAAUAAAUAAUAAUAAAUCCUAGUUUUGUUGACAAAAAGUAAACAUUAGUAAUCUGUUUUGGAUGCUUCAAAGUGAUUUUAUGAUACUUACUUUUACAAGAUAUUCCUCCUUGGUUGUGAAAUGAGGUCGAACCUCGGGUCGAACCCAGUGGAAAAUUUAUUUUCCGUUCAGUAAUUUAAAUAUUCUAGCGAAAUUGCAAGGCGAUUACAUUGACAACUACCCAGUCAAAUCAAUCCGAAUUCUGAAACGGAAUCUAAUUAGAAUCGUACACAAAUUCCGUUUCAGAAUUCGGAUUGAGUUAACUGGGUAUUUUCUUCGAUAUGCAAACAAACAAACAUGGCUGACGUUUCGAAGGAUGAAGAGCAUGGUGAAACGAACACGAGUAAAGAAAGGUUAAAUUUGACAAAAAAUUACAUCAAAUAACACGUUCCAGGAAUGUGCAUCAAACGAGCCAUAAAAUCAGAUGAGCAGAGAUUCAAUUUUACGUUUCCUUUAAAGUAAUUUUAAGAUUCAGCACGACGUGUGAUUUUGGCAAAUAACGUCAAAAGAGCCAUAAUCUUACAUCAAAUAAUUGAUUACACGAGUUCAAUUUACGUUGUAUUUCAAAUUACGUAGAAAGUAAAAUUCAUAAUUUUUUAGUGUGUAUCUUAAAUUUUUUUUUGCUCUACUGAUUCUCACUUCUUCACUGAUUCUUCUAUUUAAUAUCCAUGUUGCCGACGCUGUAGAGCUGUGCCAAACAAACAGACAGAUCGGCGGCGAUGGACGACCCACGACUUGUCAACGAGGAGCGAGACGUCAAACGCCGGAAGUAAAGGGGAGAGGAACUAGAUUCACUUUUUGCGAGUUUAUUUUUGAUUAGUUAAAGUUGAAUUUCUUUUCGUUUGCUGCUGUUAAGUGAGUAGGUUAAUUGAAGAAACAAUUUGGUUUCGUUUAUUUCAUUUUCGCUUAAUUUUGCUUAGGAAAAGCAGGCACACGAGGUGCGAUCAAUUACAGAUUGAUUGUUGCGAUCGUCAAUAAUCAGAAGGCCGAAGGCCGGGUUAUUGUACGUCGAUUACAAGAAAAGGUUAGAGGAGUUUGCGCGUUCGGACUUCUCCGAGGAGAGAAACCAUAAUGUAAGGUUUGGUUUGAAACACACGUACAAAUUUGACUUAAACGGAUUCUCAAUUGCAGUUUGAGCUGAAUAAAAUUUCACGCUACAAGAACGGCCUUUCUCACCGGGUUCCGAAACGAAUCGCGCCACCCUAACAUUCUCAAAAUUAUGGCUACCAUCCGGCCAGAUGAGAACUGCCCGUAUUGCGGGCUUCCAGACGAAGCCGAUCGGGAAAUGGUCCAAUGCGACCAAUGCGACGUCUGGUACCACUUCCGGUGUGCCGGAGUAACGCGGGCAGUCAAACACCAGCCAUGGUUCUGCGGGCCGUGCCAGUCCGGUCGAAAUCGACAUAACGGCCCGAAUCCCGAAGACGAUCCUGCCGCCAGCGAGGAGGACAACUACUCGGUCCCUCCGUCUGAACUUUCGUCGCUCCGAUCCCACACCAGUUCGUCCAUUCGGCAAGGACUGCAGCUGUUGGAUGAGCAGUUUCAAGUUCAACAGAAGAGGCUGGCCGAGGAGAAGGCCCUGCAGGAACGAAGAUUGGCGCUCGAAGAAGAAUACGCCAAGCAACAAAAUGAUCUACGUGAAGAGCACCUCAAGGUUCGCCAAGAGCUGCUCUCAUCUCUGCGAGACAUGAGCGUUGGUGGAAGUCGGGGCAGUGCGCACAGUCAAGCCAGCGCUGUGCGAAGUGAAAGGGUUCGGCAAUGGAUAGACAAACAGCAAAAUCCAGUGGAAAAUCCACGAAAAGUGGAUCCGCGCGGAGCUUUUCCAAACAACAAGCCAGCUAAAGAUAUGUCUCUUCUUCGAAAUCCCAACCUACCACAACAUUUGGAGCGGGCAAAUAAAUCCGACGACAGUGUCCGUGCGGGAAGACCGCACGAGUUUCCGUCCGAUGAACCAAGAGGCGAUGCUGGAUAUGAAGGAGUUCCGGACGGGCUGGGGUGCCGCAAUGUCCAUGCAAAUCGAGAACAAAAUGCCUUGCGUCCAUGUCCCGCUUAGCGACAACACAUGCCAUCAACCAUCGCCCAAGAGACGCGACGUCCGUGUCCGGCACCAAGAAACGUCGUCGACGGGCUGAGGCAGCGCAAAAUGCCAUCGACCUCAGCACGAGACGCGCCACAACCACAUCUCUUCUCAAGUUUCUUCGCCGAGCAUCGAGUUCCAGGAACCGGACGAGUUGAGGAUGUUGUGUCCUUCAGAGGACAGCCAGGACAAGGAGAAGCUGGACAACAUCGGCCGCUAAUCUCGCGUGGAAACGACGGCCGAGCUGCUCGGAACAUUGUCACCAGCUAACCAGACAUACAUGAGUUCCUGAAAGACAAAAGCAGAUCGACUCACCAGAAGAUGCCGCUUCCCGCGCCACGAAGUCGAUCUGGAUGAGGUUCGCGUCCGCUGAUGAAAAGUUCUCUCGUUCUUCUCCCCGUCUCGUCCACCCAGAACCGAAGAGUAAAGAAUUGUAACGCACAAAAAUG